CAAAAAUAGUUGUAACCGGGUUGUGUUCGAGGGAGGAGAUGAGUUCAGAGUCUGCCUACACCGCCAUCUUGUCGAGAUGAAGUCUCCCUGCCCUUUCUGAGGCUGUUUUUCUUUCCUGUCCUUCCUAGCAAUGAAAACAGGGGGGACAACAAAGCUGUGACUCAAGCCCACACCAGAGCCCAGAAAAAUUUCCAAGACCCUAGAGAUGCCCCAGGACUGGGGGCUUGUUAAAUGCAGGAAGAAGGGUCUUCCUGGCACUCUGAGGAUUAGCAGUGAAUGAUAGAAAAAUCUGGAGUGACAAGAGUGAGGAAGCCAAAAGGCACCCAGGUCUGCCCACCUAGGACGAGAUGCAGAGUUAUCUCAAAGAGGGCGUCCCAGCCUGUAACAGCCCCCAGGGAGCUAUGAUGGGCCGAGCAGUGUGGGGAAGGGUCCAUUUCAUCUGCAGUGGCAAUGGGAGAGGGGCUAACCCAGGGAAGACUCACUGUUUUUGUAUUAAUCACACUGGAUGAGCAGUUGGAUGGACAGCAGUUAAGAUUUGUGUAAGCAGAGUUAAGUCUGUGAUGGAGACGUGUUGAGGAAAACAGGCACACAGAAAACCAGUGUCUCGGAGAACCCCAUCGGAACCAUGCAAUCCUCUUUCUUCUCUAGAUAAACUGCAGAGGUUUUGAAAAGGCUGGGUCCUCAAACAAAUCUUUGACCUGACUAUGGAGCUACACUGGCCGCUCUCUCAGCUCUCCAGCUCCUGUUCCCCCUCACAGAGCUCACAUCCUGGCAGAGCACUGACCUGGUAGGAGUCUGUGUUUGAAAAACUCUGUCUUUCCCUCCUGAGGACGGAAAAACUCAGUUCUCCACCUCAGGUGUGUUUCUCCUUUACAUUCGCACAGAACACUUCACUUCUGACACUUACGGUCACCAAAUGUGUGGGGUUUCUUCCCCACACCAAGCAAUUCUCCACGACACCAGCUGGGUGCUCUACAGUUUAACUUGAUUCUGACACUAGAGUGUCAGAUCUCACAAAUUUGGGGCUCAGUCUCACAAGACUGCUCCCACCCUACUUCAGACACAAAUCACAAAUAGUAGGUCCCCAGGUUACCCACAACUUCCAUCCAGCUUUGCUACAAAUUGGAGGUUCUCGCGACCCCCUCCUUGGGUUCCAGUAAUUUGCUAGAGCGGCUCACAUAACUCAGGGAAACAUUUACUUAACGUUUACCAGUUUAUAAAGGAUAGGAUAAAGGGUACAGAUGAACAUCCAGAUGAAGUGAUACAUAGGUCCUUGUCUGAGAGGGUCCUGAGCACAGGAGCUUCUGCUUCCACGGUGUUGGUGUGAAUAACUCUUGGAACGCAGAUGUGUUCACCCACCUGGAAGUGCCCUGAACCCCAUAUUUUUGAGAUUUUGUGGAGGCUUUCUUAUGCAGCCAUGGUCAAUAUUAACUCCAUAUUCAGCCCUCUGCCUUGACAAAGGAAUGAGAGGGUGGGACAAAAAAUUCCCAGCAUCUACUCGUGGCUUGGUCUUUCUGUUGCCCAGUGCUCAUCAGGACCCCACCUAAAGUCUCUUCUAUAGAACAAUAGACAGGACUGUCACCCAGGAAAUGACAAGAUUUCAGGAGAACUGUGCCAGGAAGUGGGGGCAGAGACCAAUACAUAUGGUCUCACAGAGUCAUAUUGAAAGGUGGUUCCUUGCAUGGCCAAGCCUGAUUUUCGAGGUCAAGAUGAGACCCACCUCUCAGUUCCCCUGCAAAUGAAGCAGACAGGAGGACCCACCAUGGUCCCCAUUGGCCCUAGUUGUCCAGAUUGACGCUCUCCAUGCUCCCCAGGUACCUUACUUGUUCACACUGGGGACUGUCAUGCCACAGUGAAAAUAUCAUAAGGCGUGAAGAGGCUGAAGACACAUAGAAACAACAGGAGAUGCCAAAUGCGUGCUCUUGAACAUGUGCCUUGACGACAGUACAGGCAAAUGAAUUCAAAUGCUCUCAUUCCCGUUAAGACUGUGUGAAACUCUAUGACCAACAGAGAAUAGACGUUCUUUUCAAGUCCAUAUUCCAAGUAGUCAGAAAAAUUAACACAUAGUGAUUGAAAAGUACAAUCCCUAAGUCAAUCCCCAAUUCCCACUGACAAAAAGAUGUCCAAUGAUGUCACCAGGGAAUUCCUCUAGGACUCAGAGUGCCCUCUCUCUAAGGUACAGGCAAAACUUGAGGCUCCAGGGGCCUGGAGCUGGCAGGAGGAGGAAGGCAAGAUCUACUCUAAGAAAGAGAAUACAUGUAGGGGAAACCACGGAGAUGAGAAAGGGCUGCUUAAGACUGGACUCAAACCCAGGUCAUGGACCCAGCCCCAGUGUCCACCUUAAAGGUCGGAACUUCAGCUCACCUUACCCACACCAAGCUUCCGGGUGGGACACACAGGCGUCUAAACUCUGGAGAGUGAAGACUGUCUAUUUUAGGCAGAAUAAGAAGAAAUUGGGUGCAGACAAUAUAAAAGAUUAAAGAAGAUGAGAAAAUGCUUAAUUCUUGGGUUUGAUACUACUGAAUUGGUCUCUGCAAAUGUGUGUAUGUAUGUGGGUGUGUACAUGUGUGUCUGUGUGUGUGUGUGUGUAUGUCUAGCAUGUCCCAUAAGUCUUUGUGAAGCUUUUCUAACUUCAGAAGUACAAAUGCUACUAACAUAGAACACAGUAUUGGAGGUUUAAUUACUUACAUUUUUCUUAUCCUUAUUUUAAGUAGUAAAUGAUUAGUUUGAAGUUUUGUGUGAGUCGUUCUGAGAGAAGAUGGUAAAGAUUGACGGAAACAAUAACAACGUUAAUGUUCAAAACUAAAUAAGUAUAAAAUUAAGUUUGACUUCCAGAUUCCCGAAACUAAAAACUUAUUACAUGGACAAAUGGAGUUGAGAUUUGCACAACAUGGAUGAACCUGGAGGGCGUUAUGCUCCAUGAAACAAGCCAGACAGAGAAAGACAGACACUGCCUGGAGUCACUUACAUGUGAACUCAAAAAACAAUAAAAGAAAGGUCAACUCAUAGAAACAGAGAAUAGAAAAGUGGUGGCCAGCGGCUGUGGGGUGGGGGGAAAUAAGGAGAGGCAGGUAAAAGGAGACAAACUUUCAGCUCCGAGAUCCAGAAGGUCUGAGGAUCUCAUGUCUGAUGUGGUGACUAGAGUCGAAAACACUGAAUUGUAUAAUUGAGAUCAGCUAAGAGAGCAGCACUUCAGCGUCCUCACACACAAACAAAGUCAAUAAGUGAGGUGAAAACAACAAUCAGAGUUGAGGACAGAGGAAAAUCAGAGUAAGAAUUCCUGGGAACUGGAUCAAAUUCCUGGGAGAACUUCAGACUUCCAAAGGACAUGAGAUAGGUCGGUUCAAAACCAAGAAUCCAAGAGAUGGAAGGAACCAGGUGAUAUCUGGCUUCCAGGUGGAAGAAAUAGAAAACUGACUAAGGUCUCGAAGGCCCAGGAGGGUGGAGGGAUGGAGUUGUAGGCCAGAUGGUGGGGGAGGGGCUGUGGACCAGCCUGCUUCCCUGCUGUUCCCUCCCCAGCCCUCAGGACCCCUUUGUGACAAGACCACAGUUAUGUCAUGGGGUCCUGGGGUAAUAAUCUCCAAGCCACUCCCAGAGCUCAGUUGCCUGAGGGCAGCACUGCGUUUCAGACAUGGAGAAUCCUCUCAUGUUUCUGAAAAGCGUUAUUGCUACCUGGCUGAGCUCCAGUUCCACUUCCUGGGUGAUUGGUACCAUCCUCCCCUUCCUGUGUGGACUGGGGCUCUUGCUCCUGUUCCUUCCCUCCCUCCAGAGGAAUCCACCCUCACGACCACCUUGCAAACGGAGACACAUCGGGAAGCGUCAAGUGGAGCCGAGAGGGAGGAGCAGCAGGAGCAGGAAGAAAAGGGGAGCUUUGAAAGCUUACAGAGCUGGUCGGAAGGGCCUGGCAGAAGUGUGGAGCCCGAUGUCGCUUUUGCAAAGCUCGCCGGGGAGGCUGUCUUCCAAGGGAUGCUUCCAUCACUCAUCAUGUCAAGACUACCCUGAGGAGGCGUGCAACACAGCGUCUGCCAGAGCCCACCAGCCGUGUGGGAAGCCUGUGGAAGGUGCUCCUCUCGCCAUGACUCCAGCACUUUCCCUGGCUCCUCUGGCUUCCACCCUGCCAGCAGAACCUCCAGCUGACUUGACCAGAAUCCCACUGGGCACCAUUGCCAUGAGCUCAGCUCCAGGUCACUCAUGUUUGCCACUUCCCACUUCAGGCCUCAGUCACAUGAGCUGUCGCAUUGAGUUCCUCUACCGGUGGAACAUUAUCAAGGUCUUGUUCUUUCCCAUGUUAUCACACUUCGAGUCCCAGCAAGGGCAUGCGUCCUGCCACCAACCAGUGCCCUCAUUCUGGAGAGGCCCCACAAAUAGGGAGGGAGAGACUGAUAGCCCCUCAGUUGCCAACCCUGAUGUCCAGAAGCUGCUCGAGACAGAAAUCACGAACAGAAUACAAACGAAGGUCUGGGAAAAAGAAGAACAAGAUGAUCCAGGCACUCCUCAGAUGCUCGAAGCACCCAGUACCACAUCUGGGCUGAAUUUCCAGUGGGGCCUACCCCUCCUGUCCUUGGAGCCUGCAGAUCUGAAAGCAUGUGAGGCUCAACCCUCGGCCCUUCCACGGUUCACUUUUUCCCCCUCUGCCACCUGUGAUUCUGGGGCCCACUUGAGAGCCGACAUUGCAGAGUUCAUGGGAAAGCCUCUUGAGCCCCCUCCAGGAGAGAAACAUAAGACUUUGACAGCAAAAGCAUCAGUUCCCAGCCUGGCCUGUCCCCUCCCUGCAACCUCACCUGUUUGUAAGGAAAACCAGAAGGCCCUGGGAGAGACCCUACCUGGUGAUGGCCGUGACCUCUCAGAGGCUUCUCUGACUGCACAGGAGGGCCGGCCGCCUUCCCUGAGCUUCACAUUCAGCCUCUCAGACAGAAAUGGGCAGAGUGGGACUGUCGUGGGGGCAGAGCAAGGCCGUCUACACCUGAGUCCAGGGUCAGCAAUGGCCAGGAAUGAGCCUCGGGAGGAGAGUGGGGGCGAGGCCUCACCAGAGCCCUGCUGUGGGGUGGCAACACUGGAGGGGGAGUCAGGGUCCCAGUCUUGGAGCCAGGUCAGGGGAAUAGGAGACACCCUUGGGACCCAAUCCCUCCAGAUCUUGCAAGAGAAGGAAGAGGUUUUUCGAGAAAAUCCAUUCAGAAGAAUGUUGAGAUGCUUCCUGCCAUGCUUGAAGCCCAACAAGGAUGAAGCACCAGAGGAUCCCCUUGCAAAGGCAAGCCCCCAUCAGCCACUGCCCAGAGCCAGGCACAGGUCACACACAGCUCGGCGUCGGAUGGCAGGGCUGUUCAAGCACCAUCGACAGUGACAUCCUUUGUCUGGGCCCUGGGAGAGAAACUGAGGAUUCGCCAAGGACUUCGUGCCUCCCAGAUGAAGCAUCACAAAAACCAUUUCAGCCCUGGGAAGCUGGACACACCUGUUACCACGACGUUCCCUCCUCCCCAGAGCAGAGAAGAACGAUGACAGAGGACAGUCCCCAAGAUGCCCCCAGGGGCCACAACUGUCCUAACACGAAGGAGUGGAUCAGAGACAGGCAUGGCAACUGGACCUUGCUAUCCAGGCAGCUGCAGUCCCCAGCCAAACCCUGCCAGCCUGGGCUGAGGGUGGCAGCUGCCUCAGCCCCACAUUACCCACCAUGCUGUCUUCAGAUACAUGUCUCCUGGGGUGAGCCAGACUGUGCCUGACACACCUUUCCUCAAACAGGGAAGUGGAGGAACAGACAACCUGGUUUUUCUCCUUAGUCUACCCUCUGUGCCAAUGGCGUCUUCCUACCCCAAUUUUCCCCAAAUACAUGUUUUUUCUCCUGAGAGCUGGUGGCCUCUGUCUGUGCCCUGCUAGGGGCAGAAAUGGGGUCAGGCUCUGCCCUUCCUGAGUGUCUGCUUUGGCUUCCAGAAGGGACAGGGCCAUGGGGGGAGGCUGACCGCAGCGUGGCUCACCCGCCCUCACCCCGACUCCCUCAUUGCACCUGAAGUCCCCAUCACGCUGUCCUUACAAAAACAAAUGGAAGCUUUAGGAUAUUUCCAGAUGAGCAAAACCUCUAAGACCCAGUAUGGGUCCAGCCUGUCCUCUCCUGCGUUCUCUUGCCCUUGAACUUGUGCAGUGUAGGGAGGGGGUUUGCAGAGGCUCCAGGAAGUGUAGAGACAAGUUCACAGGUCACAGAGUGGGGAGGGGAGUGUGGGGCAGUGCUGGCCCUGAGUCCAGAGGGGGAGGAAGCUUGCCCCGCACCUUGAGCUCUUGGUGGGAAUAGAUGAUGCUGCCCCAGGAGCUUCUUCUCUCCCUGCUGAAGCCGCGAUGGAGAUGGGCCUGCGCAACCCGCUCAGCCCAGCGUCACCCUCCCUCUGUCCUUGUCACAGUCUGGAGGAGCAGCAACGACGACUGUGCUUCUGGCUCUGAGGGCAGGCGGGUGGGGAGCAUGGAGGCUGCUGCGGGCCGUCCCCCUCUGCCCAGAGGAGCAAGGGGCCCUGCUCUGCUGCACCUGCCUUCUCUUCCUGGGGAACGGAGGCGGGGGCUGAGUGUGUGGCGUCACCAUCUGAUGGUGGGACGCUGUGCGCCUAGGGUGGGACGUGGGGGAAGGAGGCAACUGCCACCAGAGUUUAAUCAUUUACCUAUUGAAGGAAAGUUUUUGAUUUUUAUAAUUUUACCCCUUACGAAUAAAGCUGCUAUGAACGUCUUGUGAUGGUUUUUGUGUAAACCUAAAUUUUUCUGCAUAAUAAAUAUCAAUGGCGAUGAGUAAUGAAGGUUUGAAAAUGGGCCCCACUCCGGGAUCUUAGAAGGAAAUGCAUCCUGCAUUACAGAUUGAAAGGUUGAAACAGGUCAGAGAGAGUAAACCUAACACCUUGUCUUUGAUUGAGCCAUUUCCUGAGGAAAAGUCCAUUACCUAACGCACGGCACAGAUGCCGAGGACAGGGAAGGGACAGGUGUCAUCACAUUUAAUAAAACACUGUC